GUACUUCCAAUUCGGAGACGGACUUCCGAAGAAAUGUAGCAGAAUAGCCUGUACUUUUGUUUACGUCCUGCCGCUGGACUGUCAGCUGCCGGAGAGCCUCGCGCACAUGAACAGUCGCACCCGCGCGCCCCUCUUGGCAGCCCUGCAACUUGGUGAACUUUUGGCAGGAAACGCCGAGGAUGGAGUGUUUUGUUGAAUGAGGGGCACUCGCUAGAUGCCGACGGGAGGAUGAACUCCAUCACCGGUCGGGCUCUUGCUAUCCCCGCCGCCUCUGUUACCAACUCUGGAGCUUCAUCCUCUCGAGCCUUGCAUGUGGAGCUCACAUCCCAGCAGAGACGGUUGCGUCAUCUCCGGAGCAUUGCUGCCAGGAACAUCGUCAACAGGAAUGGUUCUCCACUGCUGGACACUUACUUCACCCUCCACCUCAGUGUAGGAGACCGUAUCUCUAGAGAUUUUUACAAGAGUGAAGUCAUUCGAGACUCACUGAACCCAACUUGGCGGAGCCUGGACUUUGGUAUGCUCCCAGACCUUCUGGAUACGUCAGUGUCUUGCUUUGUGGUGAGGAUCUGGGGCGGGCAGAAAGAGCAGUACCAGCUCCUCAUUGAAUGGAAGGUCAACUUGGAUGGCCUCCGAUACACAGGACAGCAGAUUCGAUCCAGAUACCCAAAUGAGAUCAUAUUUGGACUGAAUGAUGGCUACUAUGCAGCUGACUUUGAUCACAAGGAUUCGUCAGAGCGGAAGAAUUACAGCCUGCUUCAGGUCGACCAGAGUUCAGUCAGGAACUCCUACAGCGUUUUCUCCUUGCUCAGGCUUCACACAGCUCAGAGAGCCAUCAAACAGACCCAGAUGACAGUGCAGAGGUUCGGGAAGGAGAUUGAGGAAAAACUCAGAACGACAGCGACUUGCACUGAGCGGAAGAAGGAGCGGGAAUGCAUGCAGCUGCGUAUAGCUGUGCUCCACAGCGAGCUGCAGCGGCAGAAGAAGGCGCUUGGCAGGGAAACGGACAUUCGACAGAAGGAGAGGGCACAGCUACAGAAGAAAGAGGAAGUGUUUUCUGCUCAGCACGAAAGUCUGAAGGAGGAGAAAGAAUCCUUAACAAAGUUGCAGAAGGAAUGUACAGCCAAGAGAGAGCAGUUCCUCAAGACCAACGCCCAGCUCACCUUCCGCUGCCGUCAGCUUCUCUCUGAGCUCUCCUACAUCUACCCCAUCGAUGUGGUCAAUCAGUCGGAUUAUGUCAUCUGUGGAGUGAAGCUGCCAAACUCGGACGACUUUCAAGCGAAGGAUGAUGGGAGCGUGGCGGUCGCCCUGGGUUACACGGCACACCUGGUCCUGAUGAUCUCGUGCUUCCUUCAGCUCCCUCUCCGGUACCCGGUGAUCCACAAGGGUUCCCGCUCCUCCAUUAAGGACACGAUCACCGACAGACUCACGGAGAAGGAGAGAGAAUUCCCUUUGUACCCCAGAGGAGAGCGCUUUCAUUUUGAAUAUGGCGUCUACUUACUAAACAAGAACAUCGCCCAGCUGAGAUAUCAGCACGGCUUGACCACCCCAGAUCUGCAGCAGACGCUACCCAACCUGAAGAACUUCCUGGAACAUGGCCUGAUGGUGCGAUGUGACCGGCAUAACGUCUCCUGCUCAAUUCCAGUGCCCUCCAAGUCCCAGCUAGGUGUGUCCUCUGCCUCAGAAACAGGUUACCCGUUUCCAAACAGCUCUCCGGACCUUGGCCCCAGGAAGCGGGCGAGCUCAGAGGCAGAGGCACAGCUCAAGUACAGGCCAACGCCUUCUCCAAACAACAACGCAGCUACAGGGGAAGAGCAGCCUCCUGCUAACCUGACACCUUCACCGACACCCAAACACGUGUCCUCAUCGCUUGAUGUCAGCAUGGCCUCCCUUCACCUCCCCACGGCUGCAGCGGCCGACAAGGAGGAAGAGCAGAGGGAAGAGAGGGAGCAGGGUGGGCACACAGACAUAGAGGAGAAAAAUAAAAAUACUGGUAUAGAGAGCGAAGCAGGCGAACACAAAGAAGCUGAGGAGCGGCCGACCAGCAGCACAGGGGCCUCCAGUUCCUCCGCAGUGCAGGAAGUUGGAAAAGAAACGGUUUCAAGUAACCAUACAGGUGCAAUGAACGGCUCCUUGGCAUCAGGACAGGCAUCUGUAGGCCUCGUCCCAGAGCUGCAAUGUUCUGUGGAGCAAGCUGAGGAGAUCAUGGGCACAGAGGCCACGAGUUUAGGUCUGGGCUUAGGGGUGGCGUUAGGGUUAACAGACGAGGCCCGGCUGGAGGACUACCGCUGCAUUCCAGUGGACCACGCAGUAGCCGUGGAGUGUGACGAACAGGUGCUUGGUGAGCUGGACGCGGCAGGCUUUGAGGAGUUCAACAGGCGCAUCUAUGCACUAAAUGAGAACAUGUCAAGCUUCCGCCGGCCACGCAAGAACUCUGACAAAUGAGACAGGGGGCAGAAGGCUAGAGGGAGUCUUGGGAAAACUUGCACAUUGUCUGAACAUACAAGGCAGGGAGAUGAACUAAAGAGGCAGAAGUGUGGUUCUCGGCAGCAGAUGAAUCGUAGGGGCUGUUCUGGAUGAACCGAUUUGCACUUAUCAAUGGCAUUUCCACAGAUAUCUUUUCUGUUCGAAAAGUCAAAUGAAAGUCCUGGGACAGAAAGCCUUUUAUUUUUGUUUCCAGCUGCAGUAUAUCUUUUAAAAAGACACAAAACAGCUCAUUAGGUGUUUGAGAUAGCUAUGUUUGACAUCAGCUUAUAAUGUUAAUGAUAAUAUGUGUGAUGUGUGGGGGGGUUGGUGGCAUUACAUGGGACCAUCUCUGUGACAAUUUCACUCAUCUGUUUUUCCAAUAGAAAACACACAGAGGAACAAAAUCUGCCCCUUUUUGCUCAAUUGGCUCUGACUGGUGCCAGUCAGCUACUUAAAAACUCAAUCCUAACUGCCCUGUAGAAGUUUUCUGAGUAGAAGAUCAAAAUUUAGCUAUUAGUGUCAUUGUAAUGUUUAAAAGGAAGUCGGCAGAAGCAGAAAUGUAGGAAGAUAUUUGAAAGGAAACUGUUUCUAUGGCGUGUAGGAGUAUGUGGAGAGAUGGGUGGUUCUUUCAGGCUGCAAGAGAGAGCAAGACUUAAAGCAGAUAACAGGAAGGCUGAAUGGCGUGUAGUAAAAAACUCUGCUUUAUCCCUUUGAUCUUCCAACCUCUUUCAUGGAACGUGUUGAAUUUGAUUGCUGCCAGUCUCUGAGAUCAGGAUUACACAGGAAGACUGCAGUUUCAGUAAUCUUUACUGUGUUAUUUGCUAAUAUGCCAAGGACAGUUAAAAAUGUUGACUCUUUAUCGUCGACUUAAUAUAAGUCCUUUUUUUUGGGGGGGGGGG